UUUGGUAUCCAAACAUUCUCCACCAUUAAUGUUCUUUCGUUCACUACAAGGUGGUUGCUGUUGUUAACAACCACCAAUUAGCCCUAGCUAGCUAGAUCCGCCUCCAUCUCCAUCUGCAUAGUCAGCAUAAUAUUCUUGUGGAUGUGGAACCCUAAUUCGAUGACGGUAGACGAAGACGAGUCAUGGGAAGUGAAAGCUUUCGCCGAAGACACCGGAAAUGCAAUGGGAACGACAUGGCCACCGCGCUCCUACACUUGCACAUUUUGUAGAAGAGAGUUCCGGUCAGCUCAGGCUCUUGGUGGUCACAUGAAUGUGCACCGCCGUGAUAGGGCUAGGCUCCACCAAACACAGCUCAACUUGAAAAACCCUAAUCUAUCUUCUUCAACUCUCUUGGUUCCAACUGAUCAAGAACUUGUUGGAGAUGGUGGUCUUUGCCUUUUCUUUUCUUUACCUAACCCUAAUGCUAUUUUCAAGCCUUCAUCUUUAAAUAAUUUCUCCAUUACACCUCAUCCAAGUACUACUGGUAAUGUUGUGGCUCCUCAUAGCUUCAAUUAUUCUCUCUCUAAUUCUAGCAACAAUGGAGCAUCAACAUCUAUAGAUCAUGUUAGUCUUGAUAACAAGAACAAGAAGACCGAUUUGGCGGUUGAAGGUGUUGAUCUAGAGCUUCGUCUAGGAUGCAGCUCAUCAGGUUCUUGAAUCACAUACUUGGUGUGUUUUUGUUGUACUUAAAUGUGUGAUUUUUCAUGUGUUUGUUUAGAAGGUUCAUUCUUUUCUUUUCUUUUCUUUUCUUCACUUUUUGUUUUGAAAGAGGUUUCCUUUAUAUAUUGUUGCUUGUGAUUAUCCUAGGAUGUUGUAUAUUAAAGGAAAUAGAGAGUAAUUCUGAGUCAAAUAAGCAAUCAUAAAAAAAUUAUAGUAAUGUAGUGUCAUUAUCUAGUGCACAAUCAUUUCAUGGAGACAAAUCACAUUAAUAAUUUGUUUUUAUCAAUUCUAAGUACAAGGAAUAUAUUUAUUGAUGAAUAGUUUUUGAGCUCUCAAAUUCUCCUUCCUUUUUCGCCUGAAAUAGGUUAAGAUUGAACUCCAUGCUUGCAAAUGAUUUGUGACCACAUGAAGUAGGUUAUUAGGGAUACCAAUGUUUCUGCAUAUCUUCAUAUUAAUUCUGCCUGUUCCACACACACCAAAAAUACCCUUUUAUAUAGCCAUAUCCAGGGACUGUUUUUGGAUCAUUUCAGCAACUAGUUAUACUUCAAUAGAUCAUACUAGAUCCUUGCCAUUUCAGAUGGCUGAAAGAUCACCAACAACAACA